GAAUGUUUCGGAGAAGACAAACACAAGAACAAAUAUUGCUCGAGCUGGCCGCGAGCAGAUGAAUGCGAUUGCCUCUGAAUGCACCGGCGACAAGGAGCGCGUGCACUUCUUUGAUUGCAAACCCGAAGUGCCUCCUGAAGGCAGAACAGAACAUUGUUAAGCGGAUGUUUAGUUUCACCUGGCUCCUGCAGGGUUUUUUUACAUUAUUAUUAUUUAAACCUUGCCACGCAUCGUCAUUUCUAAGAGUUGGAUUCCUUUUAUGUUUGUCAGAAUUUUUGCACGACGCCAGCCAACUUAUUUCUAACAACAAACUGCUCGGUUGAGAAAACAGAGAAAGGCUUUUAGAUCGAUUACACUGUACUGAACGGUGUCCUAAUUUGAUAUGACAAACUGUCUGUGGAGACAACACAUAUGUAUUGAGUAGUAUUUCACUGUGGCGCUUUGGCGACCUUGGAUUUGGCACCACAUCUAAUAGCCUUCUAGGGUGUUCGCAGCGUUUCCAAACCAAAGUCGUCCACAAGUCAGGUAGUGACCCUCUCCAUCACUCCUGGAGUUGUGACGCGCGAUUGCCAUAAACAAGACGAAGCGCGAAAUGCCCCGUCUUACCGUAAACUGGAGCCACUGCAGGAGAGACUUGGGAGAAUGAAGAAUGCAUGGCUGAAGAGUGCAUGGCUGAAGAAUGCAGGAACGGAGUGUUGGUCUUAGACCGCUUUACCUGAUGUCCCUAUGGUUGGGCAUGGUGCUCUAUCUCCGCUGUUGCUGGAUUCUGCUCGCCGUGAUCGCUUGUGCCAACGCCUCUGAACCUCUUGGGUGGCUGUUGUCGGAUAAAGGUCCGUUCCAUCGCGCUCAAGAGUUCACCGAGUUUACGGAGCGAUACCAACACGGAUUUACAACUAAAUACAAAAUUUACAGGGAGUUUGGCCGAUGGAAGGUGAACAGCCUGGUGGCGGAGCGGCCGGAGGCCCGAGGUAUGGCUGCGCCCUUUGACCCAGACUUCAUCCACAACAUCCGUCAGCUGGGGAGGAGGCCAAGUUUGCAGAGGAUUACGGACAGCCUCAUAAGGAAGUAUGGCACUCACUUCCUGGUAUCGGCCACCCUGGGAGGGGAGGAGUCCUUGACCAUUUUCGUGGAUAAGGGGAAGCUGAGUGGCGGCCCGCCUGGCCGCUCGGCUGCCAACGGCACAGCCUCGCCUCUAUCCCUGGAGGCCCUGCAUCAACUCGCUGCCUCCUACUUCAUCGACAGGGACAGCACACUACGCAAGCUCCACCACCUCCAGAUCGCCACCGCAGCAAUUAAGGUAACAGAGACCAGGACUGGCCCUCUCGGCUGCAGUAACUAUGACAACCUUGACUCGGUCAGCUCAGUUUUGGUUCACAGCCCAGAGAACAAGGUUCAGUUACAAGGCAUCCAGGCUCUGCUCCCCGCAUACCUGCGCAGCCGUUUCGUCAAGGCCGCCCUGGGCUAUGUUGGCUGUAGCGGCGAGGGUCAGUUUGUAUGCCGAAACAAUGACUGCUGGUGCCAGUGCGACCACGAGCAUCCGCAUUGCAACUGCCCCCAUGUGGACAUCCGUGCCAACGAAGACUCCCUGGAGCGCACUAAGGGGGCCUGGAGCCAGGCCAACCAGGAGUUCGAGGAGUCAGAUGAGUUCCAGGCUUUCGUGGGCCGCCUGCCAAUGCUUGCCAUCCUGAACUCCACGGCGGUGCGGCAGGCGUGGAGGGUCGACGGCGCCCUGCAGCGGCGCUACGCCCAGCUGGAGAGCCGCGUGAGCCUCCUGCUCAGCAAGGCCCGCCGCACCACCCACCGCCUCUUCCGCCUCAGCAGGAGGUGCCACUCCAGGCCCAAAAUAGUCAUGCCCAGGGAGAGGUCUCUUGGCUACUGGCUGCAUCGCGUCCUCUCCAUCCUGUACUGCGGCGAGGGCCAGAGGCUGGGAUUCUACUCGGAGGAGGCACAGCGCUGCCUGUGCCCGGCCGAGCAUGCCUCGUGCCAGGCUGUGAUCCCCUGUGCAGUGGGGGAUGGACCUCGCUGCUCCUCCUGCUCACCGGACAACCGGACGCGCUGCUCGGCCUGCAACCCCGGGUUCACGUUGAGCCACGGCUUGUGCCGGCCCGCCGUGCCCGACCCUGCCGACCCUUACCUGGGCUUCGAGACAGACCUGCAUGACCUGGAGCUGCGGCACUUGCUGCGGAGACGCGACGGCCGCAUCGCUGCACCUGCCGUCUUCGUCAGCAACGACGUGCACCUCAACGCCUGGUUCGACCCCUCCUGGAGGAAGAGGAUGCUUCUGACGCUAAAGAGCAACCGGCUCAAGUCUGGCCGGGUACACAUGCUGCUGGGCGUCUCGCUACAGAUCUGCACCACCAAGAACUCCACCCUGGAGCCGGCGCUGGCCGUCUCCGUCAACCCGUUCGGCGGGAGCCACUCGGAGAGCUGGACCAUGCCUGUCGGGCAAAGCGGAUACCCCGACUGGGAGAAGGCCAAGCUCGACAUCCCAAUGGACUGUUACAACUGGACUUUGACUUUAGGAAACCGUUGGAAGAGCUUCUUCGAGACGGUCCACUUCUACCUGCGAAGCCGGAUCCGGGCCGACUUCGUGCAGGACAACGAGACGGCCUACUCGGAGCCCACCGAUGGCACGGAUGCCUCGCAGAACUUCGGCUACAUGAAGAUCAGCAGCAUGCAGCUCCUUGGCUAUAGCGUGCACUUCGACCCGGAAGCCAUCCAGGACCUGAUCCUGCAGUUGGACUACCCAUACACUCAGGGAUCCCAGGACUCCGCCUUGCUGCAGCUCACCGAGAUCCGACGCAGGGUGAACAGGCUUUCUCCACCUGGGCUGGUGCCUCUGGAUCUGUUCUCCUGUCUACUUCGACACCGACUCAAACUCUCCAGCUCUGAGGUCCUGAGAAUUCUCACAGCACUGCAGGCUUUUGGUGCCAGACACCCUUACUACACAGAGUACGAAGCAACAAAACUAUGUAGUUAAUAAGCAGCAUUUGGAUCCAAUUUAUUUUUACUGUCUGUGUUUCAUUUUACUGAGACAAAAUUCAAUUUCUCCAGGACUCUGAAGUAUGUUUUUAUGACCUAGCUCUUUGUUGGUGGUGUUUGAUAUAAACCGCUUUGCUGUUCAUAGACGCAAUAUA